CAUGCCUAGGACUUGUAGAAGAAUUCGUUUUUUCCUAAAUAUACCAAAAAGGGACAGAAAUGGUAUUAUUCUGCAUUAUAAUGUAACCUAUAUUGAAAACGGAUUGGCUAUGUCAACAUCAUCAGAAAGAUUUAAAAAUUAUGUCCAAUGGGAAAUGGACAUGGACUCCGAUACUAAAAUACAAGUAAGUGCUCACACAAAACUUGGCUCCUCUCCUAUUCAUCACAGACUUCUACCUGGCUUAAACAAUCCUUCUUUAAUACAAUCGACUCCUAAAGUUUGGGGUGAGGAAAAUCUAGAAGAAACGGAAAUAAAAAUAGGUUGGGAAGCAAUAGAGAAAAUUGAAAAUAUUCGUUUGGUUUAUUGCACAAAUUCUUCCGAAUGCAGGUCGGGUAUUUUCUUCCAAAAUGUAAACACUUCUUUAACUGAAUAUGUAUGGAAAAAGCCGGAUGUAUCUACAAAAUAUUUUCUUGCUCUGAGUUUCACAAGGAAACAUGUACCACAAAUGACAGAUUGGAUAUGCUUAUAUGGACAUUAUAUACCCAGCAAAGUUUUUAUAAAGCAAGUUUCAUCUGAAGCGAAUGCUCUUCAUGUAGAAUGGAUCGAUGGCUUUUGCCAUUCAUAUCGUAGAGCCAAAAUAACUAACUACAAAUUACAAUAUUGUCUGCAGGAUAACAAUCUUAAACCUUGCAAAACAAUAGUUGUAAACAAUACUGAACCCAGAUAUCGUAUUGUCAACUUGAAACCAUACAGCCUUUAUGAAAUACGUCUUGCUGCUAUAUCUGAGGCAGGAGAGGGUGAAAUUUCUGACACUUUUGAGCAGCAAACGCUAGAAGGAAAGCCUGAAACUCCACCGUAUGAUCUAAGAGCAGGGCAGAUUACAGGAAAUUCUGUUCAAAUUAGUUUUAAGCCUCCAACACAGCCAAACGGAAUUAUAACGAAAUAUACAGUCUACGUUUUCAAAGAAUUUGAGCAAGCCACUCUUCAAACAUUUAAUCACAAUCGAACUGAUGUACUUGUCACAAAUUUACUAGGAAACGCAAAAUAUUUUUUUCGUAUUAGAGCAGAAAAUAGUUCUCCUUUUCCAUCUGAAUAUUCCGAAGAGAUUAGUGUAGUCACCAUGACAAGAGCCGCUUCUCGGCUUAUGGCGUCACAAAUAAGGUAUCAUUGGCCAAAAGACAAAAGUAAUCUUGUUGAGAUUUCAUGGGAUGAGCCAACCUCUCCAAAUGGAAACAUCAGCGAAUAUCGACUAACAUGGAAUGGAACAAUGACUGGAAAUCAGACCAUACCUGUACCAGAGAGGUCGGCAAGUAUCGCUAUACCCGAAGAUUGCAAACACGUCAGUUUGAAUCUAGCAAUAGAAUCUGUAACAUAUCUGAACGAAGAAGAAUUCCGUUCGGAACAAAGUGAAGCAAUAACAAUUAAUGGAUAUUAUAUAAGUGUUCCGAAACAAACAAAUGACCUCCUCAAUAAGACCAUUGGAGGUACGAUUGGAGUUGCAGGUUUAUUGAAUAGAAAGGUCUGCAAGCCCUUUAGAAUAUACCAGAUUUUUAGCAGAAGAGGUAGACAGGGUACUCCCAUUAACGAAGCGGUCGACGAUAGCUUUGAAGGGACGAAUAUAUAUCAAACGGAUAGCUUGGAAAAUUAUAAUGUGAGUUUCCACGAUAAUGGAAGAGAGAUGCUAUUAGAAUUACAAUCAGCAGACUCUCAUAUUCCGAACAAUUUAACAGCCGAACCAUCGCAUACCUAUGUUGAUUCACCUUCUUAA